AUGUCAUUGUCAUUAUCAACAGGGUAGCUAGACUGGGGGAGGUGUAGGUACAUUUGUUUUGUAAUUUGCAGAUUAUUUUACUAGGUAACCUACCUAUAUUAAUUUUAAAAAAUAUCAAGAUGAUGAACCAAUAUAUGAGAGAAUUGGAGCAGGAUCCAUUUGAUCCUGAUGAAUUUGUAGAGAGGAUGGUCCGGCGUAGCAUGCAGGAAUCUAGAUUGAAAGAUGACCAGUUCGACCCAGAGAUGAUUCAUGAUAUUUUCACUCAGGCCAUUCAAGACCUUAAGGUACUGCAAGAAAGACAAGAGAGGAAAUGUACUAGAUUAGAACAAGAAGUACAGGAACAAGAAAAGAUAUACAGUAAUAAGCUGGCAGAUAUUAUGGACCAACAUAUGCACUGCGUGAACGUAUUCAGCACGCUGGACGAGCGCAUGUCGCGAUGCGGCGGCCGCGCGCUGGCGGUGGCCGAGAAGCUGGGCGCCGCACGCGCGCCCCGCGCCCGCGCCUCCGCCGCCCGCGCUCUGCUCGCGCACCUCGCCCACUUCCUCAGCCCCGGGCCCGUCAUCACCGACCUCUUCAACGAUGCCAGCAAAUUGAACGAAGCUGCAGACGUCAUACAAAAGCUCCACACAAUAGCCCAAGAGCUACCACCAGCCAAGUUCGAAGUCGCCAAGAAGAAAAUCGAAGCCAAGUACGAAGAGAUUGAGAGAAAUCUCAUAGAUGAGUUUGUGAAGGCUCAGAACCAAGGCAACAUGAACAAGAUGAAGGAAAUAGCCGUUAUUAUGACGAAUUUCAAGGGAUACUCCCAGUGUGUCGACGCCUUUAUUGAGACUAGUCAAAUGAACAGUCUCCUAGGUAAGGACAUAUUCUCGGCUGUUCUCCCCCUCUGCAAGAAGAACUACACAAUCAUCAGUGCGGUGUUCCCUAACGCUGAGCAGGUCAUGAGCAAGUUUGUGCUCAACAUCUUCCAUCUGAAGCUGCAGAAGUAUAUACAGACGAAACUGGCUGAUAAGAACGACGUGGACAAGUAUCUGAGGAAUUUGUACGAUAUGUACACGAGCACCCAACGCGUCUGCGACGAACUAGUAGUCGCCGGCCUCGUCUCCGCAGACGGGAACACCACGACCGGUGAUCUUCGUCGAGAAGCCCUGGUCAACGGCGCCAUGGCCGGCGCCAACGACGGCUACCCGGCUUUGGAGACCAGAAGACUUAAAGCGGCGCUGGCUAAUGCCCUGAAUGGUUACUACACUGAGAAGCAACAUGUUAAGAAACAGAUCCAAGGCGGCGGUUUCCAAGAGCUCCGCCGUGACUUGCAAGCGGUGAUCGGGACCCGAGCGAAUAUAAACAUAGCUCAUAUAGAGAACUACGGCGGGGAAACCUUCCUCAGUGAGAAACUGGUGGAAAGGAUGCUAAACGAUGCCAAAACAUCGUUCGUUCGGUGUAAAACUUUAUGCACAGCCAAUGAGCUCCACGGCACCACAGUGGGUUUGCUGGAGGCGCUCAUACAGCACCUGAUGAUAGAACAUGUAGAUUACGCUUUGGACUUGGGGCUGCAGUCCAUACCGAUAGCCGAGAGCAAGUCUCCUCCACAGAUUUACUUCUUCGAUAUAGUAAAGCAAGCCAAUAAAAUAGUGAAGAUGUUUGGCGAACACUUUCAAGAGUGCAUUCUACCAUGCAUGAGCACAACGUCAAAACAGAAUGAAUGCGUUCAGAAAAAGAACGCAAUCAUCGAGCAGCUAGAAAACAAGCUGGACGCGGGGCUGGAACGAGCUAUAUCAGCGGUGGUGGGCUGGGUCAAGCUGCAUCUACAGACGGAACAGAAGAAGACAGACUUCAAGCCUGAGGGAGACAUCGAUACUAUAGCCUCGCCGGCGUGUCUGGCAGUGGUUCCGUACCUGAAUUCGGUGACGGACAACAUCCACUCCGGCUUGGAGGGAGACAACCUCAACGCGGUCUCCCUCGAGUUGGCUGUGAGGCUACACCGCGUGUUGUACGAGCAUCUACAGAACUUCCAGUUCAACUCGGCAGGGGCCAUGAUAGCCAUCUGCGACGUGAAGACGUACCGGUCGGCGGCGUGCGGGCGCGGCGCGCACGCGGCGCCCGCGCCCGCGCAUGCGCUGUUCGACGCUCUGCACGCGCUCUGCAACUUGCUGCUCGUCAAGCCUGAGAAUCUGCAGCAGGUGUGCGAGGGGGAGACGCUGGCGGAGUUGGAUCGCUCCAUCCUUCUGAACUUCAUACAACUACGCUCCGACUAUAAGAGCCACAAGCUAGCAAGUUUUCUCAAAGGACUCUCUUAAUCCUAGUAUCCGCUAUGUAAUGUAUUAACAAACAAUUUUUUACUUUAUUUAUAUUAUCCAUAGAGUAUAUCGUUGCUUCGUGUAUAAGAAAGCCUUAUUUAAAUAUUAAAGUAUUAUUGUAAAAGCA